ACUCGGAGGAGAAGUUGCUUGCUCGGUUACAGGGUUGGAAACAGCGUACUUUGUCAUGGGCAGCGAAAGAGACUCUAAUCAAGUCGGUGGCCUUGGCCCUUCCCCUACAUGUUAUGUCUUGUUUCAAACUCCCCCUCUCACUGUGCCGGCUCUUGGAUAGACAUGUUGCUCGAUUUUGGUGGGGGUGGAGAAUGGGCAUGAUAAGGUGAGAUGGAUGUCUUGGCGAAAGAUGUGCCGCAGUAAGCACGAGGGAGGGAUGGGAUUUAGGCGUUUUGAGCACUUUAAUCAGGCACUUUUGGCUAAAGUUUGUUGGCGUAUCUUAAACGAACCUGAUUCGCUUAUAGCACAGGUGUAUAAGGGGAAGUAUUUUCCGAGGAGCGGUUUCCUAGAGGCGCAGGCGCGGUCCCGUCCUUCCUGGGGGUGGCAAAGUAUCCUGUUUGGGCGCCAAUUAUUGAGCCAGGGCCUUCGUUGGCAAAUUGGCAAUGGCCAAACAGCCCCUCUUCUUUUGGGUAGUUGCAUCCCCAGCCUGCAUCCUCUGAUCCCUGCGCUUAAUCCCUGUGUGUUGCCGGGUAAUGAUGUCUUGCGGGUGGCUUCUGUCAUUAAUAGGGAGGAGGGUUCCUGGUGCGACGAGGGCUUGGCCCAUUGGUUCGACCCCCGCACCUUUCGGCUCAUCAAGGAGAUUCCUCUUCCUCGUGGUAAUGUUGAGGAUCGACUUGUUUGGCAUGGCACGCAGGAUGGUGUUUUCACUGUGAAAUCGGCUUACCAUUUGGUGGUCCAGUUGGACAAAAUGGAUGACCAGUGGAGUGCUUCGGUAAGUUGGAUGGAUAGACCAAGCUGGAUACGUGUCUGGGAGGCCCCAGUUCCCCCGAAGCUACGAGUCUUCCUCUGGCAAAUUUUAUAUCGGCUCCUUCCAACCAUUGAAGCCCUGAUAGAGAGAAAGAUCGAAGUACACCCUCGUUGUCCAGUUUGCUGGGCGGAGUCAGAAACCUUGGAGCAUUUGUUCCUGGAAUGCCCUGUGGCUCGGGCCCUCUGGGACUACGCAGGUUUGGAGUAUCUCGGGCAGGGGUUGCCUCGUCAGACUUUUCCUUUGUUUCUAAAACGGUUGUUGAAUAUCCUCCGUCAUGACCACUUGGUCAUGGCGGUUACGGCUGUCCUAUGGCGUAUUUGGCGGUCCCGGAACUGGGUUGUGUUUGAAGGAAAACAGUUUGGGUUUCCGGCUUUGAUGAGGCAAUACCACCAGCAGUAUCAGGAAUGGAUCAAUUUUCCAGCUGGUAAAGCCCAGAGGGGUCCAGCUUCCCCGGAAGUCGAGGUUCCGCCCUGUCCUAUGAUCUGCUUGUGGGAUGGGGCUACCAAGGCAGCCUCCCAUUCGGCAGGAGGGAUGGUGGUGAAGAAUCAAUUGGGGAACACGCUUAUAGCCAGAGGAUUUCAGUUUGCAGGCAUCGAAGACCCGUUGGUUGCUGAAGCCCUUGCCCUUCGCAAAGCUAUUCUCUGGUGCCGAGAUUCUGGGUUUGUGGAGGUGCGCUUUGAGGGGGGAUGCCAAGGUGCUUAUCGACAAGAUUAUUCAGGCAAAUACUAGGGAUAGUAGAAUUGGGGCGCUCUUUGAGGAGAUUGUGGAGGUGUUUGGUUUGAUGGGAGGUUUCUCGGUUCGGUUUGUAGGUCGGCAUAGCAAUAGGGCAGCCCACUUGGCGGCUAGAAAGGCUCUUCAUUUGUACCCGACUACAAGUCGUUGUUUAAAUUUUCUGGCCUGGCUCAAUUCCAGGAUGUAACUACCUAUGUUUCUGAUCAAUAUAUCGAUUAUCUUUUG